AUGGCCAUGAAUCCCAAGUCUAUGCCUACCGCUGACCGAGUGCACUGCUUGCUUUCUGCUUGUGAAGAACUGAAGAAGAGGGCUUUAAAAGGGACGGACUUGGAGGAGGAAAAGCCUGCAGAAGAUCCCGAGCCAGCAAAGGAUGCAGAUGCAGCCCCCAAGAGCAAGCCAAAGCCAGUGAAGUGUGAAGCUGCAACCCCGAAACCACGUUUGUGCAAGCAGGAAUACCGGAGCCCUGGGAUUAGCAAAGCUGGAGUUGCUGAUGUUCAGGAGGAGACGGCUCCCCCAGAGGCUACUUUGCCACCUACUUUGCCAACCAGCCCCAUGGCCGAAUCAAUGCAGACCACCCCCAGCAGCCACCGAAAGCGCAAGCGCAGGGCAAGCAAGACUCCCAAGAAAACACCAGAAGCGGAGCCAGCCACUCCCAAAGACAAAGCAGCAGCAGAAGAGCCCAGUAGCAGGACUCCCAAAGCAGCACCAGAAGAGCCAAGCCGCAGGACUCCCAAAGCCAAGCAACCAGAAGAGCCAAGCCACAGGACUCCCAAAGCCAAGGCAGCAGAAGAGCCAAGCAGCAAGACUCCCAAGCAGAAGGUAGCAGAAGAGAAGCACACCGGGACUCCCAAAGAGAAUGCAGCAGAAGAGAAGCACACCGGGACUCCGAAACAGAAGAAGGCAGCAGAAGAGAAGCACACCGGGACUCCCAAAGAGAAUGCAGCAGAAGAGAAGCACACCGGGACUCCGAAACAGAAGAAGGCAGCAGAAGAGAAGCACGUCAACAGCAGCGCCACCUGGACCAGUGAUCGCAGCUACAGUGAUGAGUGGGGCUGGGAUUGGGAUCAACCUAGCAACUCGUGGUCCUCGUGGUCCUACAAUAGGGACUGGGGCUCUCGAGGAUCCGGCUGGUCUUGGAGCUCUUGGGGAAAUCCCUCAAAUGAAGCGAAGCCUAAGCCUGAAGAUGCCGAAGCCAGCAGAGUUCAAAGUAUCUUGCAACGUGGUCAUACCGUGGACCAACUAUCCAUGGAAGAGCUGCAGUUGAUUGUCAAACAUGUGGAUGCCGAGCAGCAGAAGAAAAAGGCAGGCGGCACGGCAGCUGCAGAGAAUCCUGAGGCAGCCGGGAAGAAAACAAAUGAGAAGAAGCAAGAUGAACAACAUGAGGCGCAGGAUGAGAAGCAGGAGGAUGCAAAGGAGGAGGUAGAGGAGCAGGAGAAGGUGCCGGAGACGAAAGAGGAAAGGCGGAAGCGCUUGCAUGCGAGGAACAUGCGUUUUUACAGGUCGUUCGACUCUCCGAACUGUCCGAAAGAGAUCAAGAAGCUCUCAAAUAAAGCAAAAGGUGAUAGCAGCAAGCGCAGCUUUCUUUUCGAGAGCUGGUUGACAUCGGAAGAGUGCUGGAUGAAGUCUUCGCUUCUUAAAAGACUGAGAUCCAAGAACAGCAACGCCAAGCGUGGCCUUCGCCGAUGGUUGACCAAGGCUGAAAUGGAAGCCAAGUGGGGAACAGAAGUUGCAGAAGCAAUGAUCGAAUCGAAGGAGGCGGACGAGGAAAGGUCCCUCACUGAGAUCCGGCCGCAUCCGGAAUUGCCGCAUCGGGAGGACCUCAAACAAUAUCUUUGCUUGUGGGACUCGAGCGAAGAAGAUGUGGAUAUGGAAGAGCUGGAAUGCGUCUUCGAAGCCGGCCCAGAAGAUUCGAGCUCCAGCGACUCGGAUGAUUCGCGGCCCAAAAAGAAAAAGAAGGACAAGAAGAAGAAGGAGAAGAAAGCCAAGAAGGCAAAGAAGGACAAAGGCACCCCAAGCCCCAAAAAGCCCAAGGCAAAAGCCAAAGCGAAGGCCAAAGGAAAGGCGAAGGCGCAAGACAAGGAGAUGACUGCGGAGGAGGAAGAGAAGAAAAACCUGGCCGAGCGGAAGAACAAAGCCAACAAGGCCAUAAUCAAAGCCACGGAGAAGAUCAAGAUCGCAAGCAAUCUUCGCAAAGAAGCGUCUGUGGAGGGGGGCGACCACUUGCUCGAAGCAAUGAAGCGCGAUGUCGAUGCAGAGGCGAACAAAGUGCAAGCAGCCCGCGCAGUGCUGCAGACGGGUGUGGACACCGACGAGGUCGAUGAUGACUCGAUCGCAGCUUUGACGGCUGCUUGUGAACAGUUUGAUGCGAUCCACAAGAGUUUCCAGAGCCGCUCUAAGACCCCGAAAGGGGAGGCGAAGAGCAAAGCCGGCAAGAAGAAGUGUAAUAAUGUCCGACUCAUGCCAGGGUCAGAUGAUAACGAUGGCGAUGCUGCCAAUGGGCUACUGCAGAAUAUCCUGGAGAGGGUAUCCAAUGGUGCUGAGACGGUUGGUUCUGCGAUGCACAAUGCCCGGGCGAGCUACGAGGAGUCUGGAAAGCACUUCAAGGGCAAGCUUAUGUCGAAACUGGUGAACUAUCGACCUGGCAAUGAUGCGAGGGAGUUCUUCAAGAACGUGGAUGUACCAACUGAAGUGGAAGUGACAAUCUACGAGGGGUUUGAAGGACAGCGCCGGCAGGUGCAAACUACCAUUCCGGUGAUGGAUGUACACGAGAUUCUGGAUUAUCUUCAGACCGAAGUUAAACUUCAGUGUCCAAAGGACAAAACUCGUGCUUACUGGAAUCAUCUACGCGAGAAUGGGAACCCCUUUGUAUACAACUUUCCUGCUGCUGCGAACGACCUGGACUGCAUGGUUCCAUUCACCUUAUAUGGGGACGAGCUGACAUUGGGGAAGGACCCCAAGGACAAGGUCACUGGAAUUUUUCUUCAGCUGACCUUGUUCAAGCCGAAGGCUGCUCGGCAGGGCAUCUGGCUGCUUGCGGCAAUACAAGAUGCUUGCAUGGUCCAUGAGGAGCUCAAGACGCUGACCCCGAUCUUGGAGCACAUCGUUUGGAGUUGCAAGCAAGCUUAUGCAGGAACAUAUCCAACGAUGUCGAGAACUGGCUCUGCUUUGACUGGUAAAAAAUCCGAGAAGGCGGGCCAAAAGUUCUCGGGUGAUGCUCGCUGGGUGUGCGCUGAGCUACGGGGUGAUUGGAAGUGGCAUGAGCGCACAUUGCGCCUGCUGCGAACCCCUGUGUCGAAGAAGUGUUGCUUCCUGUGUGAUGCCGAAGCGUCCGACGGUCCUCUUCGUUACUACAAUAUGGACGACAACGCUGCUUGGCGAAGUGCACAGCUGAACACGAACGCUUUUCUUCAGUCUGCAAUUCGGCCUGGGCAGGUGAGCCCUCUGACUCUGCUGACGGGCUUCGAUGUCUCCAUGGUGAAGUUCUGCAGCAUGCACGUCUGCAAUCUGGGCUUGGUGCACACGGCUUUGCUGCGCGAGGGCCAUUUCGGGCCUUACAAUGGACCUGGAGAUAUGAAGCAGCUGUUGGAAAGUGCAUACCGGGAGUUUCAGGUCUGGCGCCGGGCCAACAAUGUACAAUGCUCCCAGCGGUCAUUCGCGCCACGCCAUCUUCUGAAGAAGGUGCAUGGGUACUACUUGACAACGAAGGCCUACAAUGCCCGUAUCGUGAUGUUGUGGUUGGCAAGCAAAUUGCAAGAUGUUGCCCAGCAUGCAGCUGCGACUCCGAGCAUACGCUUGCAUGCCAUGGCCCUGACCGCCUUCUCGAAGUGGUUCAGCUGCAAUGAAGCGGCGAAGCGUUUCUUGACGCCGGCCCAAAGCGAUGAAAUUUACGACAAUGGAAUGCUUUUUCUAAAGUGCCACCUACAACUGACCCAAGUUUCCCAUCGGCUCAAGAUCCUGGCCUGGGUUCUGAAACCAAAAUUCCAUGCCAUGCUUCACAUCCUGGACCAAAGCCGGAGAUGGCGCUGCAAUGCGCGCUACAGUCACUGCUUCACUGGUGAGGAUGCUAUGGGAUGGCUUAAGAGGGUCAGUCUGCGUGCUCCUCGCAAACCUGGCGCUUUCAAUCGCUGGGUUCUGCGCAUGGGUAUGCUGAAGAUUGUGGCGUCAAAACGUCGCUUGAAUCAGAUGCUCGGCUACAUAAAUUCACUUGAGCCCUGUAGUACCCGAUCUCUCCCAAACCUAGCCCCUGAACUCAAUAUAUUCAUAUAUAUGCACAUAUAUAUAUAA